AUGUGGUUCUUGGAAAAGAUCAGAGCAUCACAUGAAAAUGGAAACCUCCGUAGCUCCUCCUUCCUGGGACUGCCACCUGGACAAAAUCUGCCUGAAAAAGCCCGACUGGGGGCUGCUGCUUUUCCUAAUGUGCUCACCCCUGACAGCAUCCCUGAAUUCUGCAUUCCCCCCAGGGUGACCAGCUCUGGCCCUGUUAAGGGCAUUGGCUUCCACCAGGACUACAGUUCAGAGGAUGCAGAUCUUAAUUCUUCUCACUACAGCCCCAGCUCUUCUUUGCCACAUCUCAUUCAGGUGGAAAGUGCUGAAGAGAUCCCAGCCCUGGAGGAAGAAAGCACCAACUCGGACCCACAGUCCCAAGCAGCGCUCUCCCUGCCUCACUUUCCCAGAGCCCCCACUUCCUAUGGCUUCUGCACUUUGCUGGAGAGUCCCCACACCAGGAGAAAGGAGUCUAUCUUCCAUGGUGACCCACGUGGUGCUCUGCCCAGCCUGAUGCUGUCUCGAUCCAGAGCUAACACAUUCAGUGGCAAAGGGAGUAUGUCUAAUCCCAUUGCUAUCAGCUUUGCUUCUAUGAGGCUGCCUCCCAAGCAUCUCUCUCUGCACAGGCAAGGUGCCUGUGACAGCGAUACUGCCUCCUCCAGCGAUUCCUCUCCUUUCAGUUCUCCACUUCUCAGCAGGUCACCUCCCAGAUCCUGCUCCCUGAUCAAAACCCAAAGUCAGGAGGGAUUGCUCUGCCGAGCGCUGAAAGCCAAGAACAAAUCCAGCAUGGCCAGGAACAAUUCUCUCUCUACAGAGGAGAGCAGCUCCACCGAUAACAGCCCCAGUGCCAUCAGGCGGGCCUCAGAGGGGCUGCUUGCCACGCGGAGCUUUAGCAUGUCCUGUUCUCCCAUCUUUCCCCUGGACCUGACCCGUAGUCGGGAGAGACUAGUGGGAGAGAGCGCUGUGGUGAUGGACAAGGGAGGCAUGUUGAGGCUGUCGGCUGAAUACUGCUCGGAAAAUGAAAGGCUGCGGAUCCGUCUGAUCAGUGCAGAGGGUUUGUAUGAUGACUCUGUAGAGCCCAAAACCAUAAACUGCUGUAUCACCUUCUCCCUGGUGCCAGGGAAAAAGCAGAAGCAGAGAAGCACUGUUAUAAAGAGAAGCAGAAAUCCCAUCUUCAAUGAGGACUUCUUUUUCGAUGGCAUUGCAGAAGAAGAGCUUUACAGCCUCUCUGUAAGGAUGAAAGCAAUGAAUAAAGGGUGCAGUAUGAAACGGGAUUAUACCUUAGGAGAACGGGAAUUGUCUUUAAUGAGUAUGUUGUCAGUGUAAUACUUCAAACAUUCAAACAAACUAAUUUUGUCUUCUGAAAGUUUUCUACUAAAUAAAGUUUUGGGUUGACUUUU